UGCAACCGGGCGAGCAAGCUUUAUUGCCUGCCGCGGAAAUUAGGAGAAAGCUGCGGCCGAGACGGGCGACGAGCAUGGGAAGGACAUUACCGAGGCGGCCGCGGAUACGAAGUGGGCACGUGGAGAGACACUCCGCAGCCCUACGCGAAAUGCCCCCGGCACAGUCUCCGGAACCCCCGAGGGAGCAACUCGGGGGGGCGGCAGCGUUGCCAGCAACGAAAGGGGCCCGGCCUUGCGCGAACAUGCCGAGCCGGGCGGCCCCAGUGCCAGCCCCCAGGGGCUGGCCUCGCUGAACAACGGUGGGCGCUCGCGCUCUUGUUCCCGAGAAAAUGCGCCGGGCGCCAGCGCCCCAACCCAAUGCGGCAGGCGGCGCGGACGGCCCGCAAUCUUGCCCGCGGCGCCCUGUGCCUCGCCGCCCCGGGCAGGCGGGUGGCCGCGCGCAG